UCCACAUCCUCACCUCAAACCAGCACAAUGGCAUUCAAGUUCGUCGUUUUAGCCUGCUUUUUGGCAACUGCCAGCGCUGGUUUACUUCCAGCAGCCACUGUGGCCUACGCCGGUGCUCCAGCAUACCACGCUGCUGCUCCAGUUUACCACGCCGCUCCUGUGGCUUAUACAGCCCCAGUGGCCAAAUACGCCGCAGUCGCUCCCGUAGCUAAAGUUGCCGUUGAAGAAUACGACGCUCACCCUCAAUACAGCUUCGCCUAUGACGUACAAGACGGUCUCACCGGUGACUCCAAAUCCCAGCAUGAAACUCGUGAUGGUGACGUCGUCCAAGGCUCCUACUCUGUCGUUGACCCCGAUGGCACCAAACGCACCGUCGAUUACACCGCUGAUCCCCACAACGGUUUCAAUGCAGUUGUACACAAGGAACCUUUGGCUUACAAAACCGCUCCAGUCGCCUACGCCGCCCCCGUAGCUAAGCUCCAAACCGGCCCCCUGACCUACUCCGCCACUCCCGUGGUACACGCUGCACCAAUUGCCAAAAUCAACGCCCCAGCGUUCGCAUACUCCUCCCCAUACUACCACUAAGCAAAUGCCAAAAACUAAUGAAAGUAUGUUAUGUUAU